AUGCAUAAAUUUCUGUUUGGAAAUAGAAGAAAGAAUAUUUCAAGUUAUAACCCUUUUGGUUCCUAGAAAAACAUGAAACCAGGCAUCAUAACUAAAAUAAAAAAUAAGAUUUAAGGUUUAUUUCAACCAACAAUCAACUCAUAAAGUUUAAUCUAACGGAUACAAUCAUUUGACGAUAAAAAUUUAGAAUAAGAACUAUCUAAUUAAUUUAAAAAUAAUCUUGUUCUUAUAGAUCGAAUUAUACCAAAUAAAGAUGAUAUUAUAAUACUAAAACGUAAGUCCAUUUGUCCCUUUGAAUAAUAUCUAAAAGAGGAAAUGGAUUCUGAUAAAAAAAUAUCUAAAGAAACAUAAACUGAUAUGAGUAGUAAACCAAAUGAUUCCUAGAUCAAAACAUCAAAUGUUAAAAAACAAAAGAAAUUUAAAAAAGAACACUCAAAAAUUUAUAAAAGUAGAAAAAUGGAAGGUAAUAUUUGUAAAUAAUAUCAUUAGAAAAUCCAAAAUAGUUAGAGUUUAAUCAGAAUAAACAAAAUUUUAAGUAAAAUCUUAAUCAAAAAUAUGAAAAAUAAUCUGAAUAUUAAUUUAAUUACUCAAAUAAGAGAUUAAAAUAAUUUGAUAGCUUUACAGAGAGUAGUAUACCAAUAAAAUAAAAAGGUGAAACUAGUGAUUAUUUAUCUCCAGUGAAAAUACUUGAGAAUCAAUCAAUUAUUUAAAAAGAUGAUAAUAAUAACUUAAAAUGUGAUUCAUUUCUAAAGGAAUUAAAAGUCUCAUCAUCAUCUGCUCAGAGUCCAUCAAAUAAUAAUCAUUUUAAGGAUGAAUUAAAUAAAAAUAACAAAUUUUCAAGCUCAACUGGAUCAAAUUCAAAAGGUGAGGGAAAUGAAACAAUAUUAAGUUUUAAGAAUGUUUAUUUUUAAUAAGAACCAUAAGAAAAUAAAAAAGACAUAGAUUAAAAUAAAAAACCUUUGAUUAUUUAAUAAAAUUAAGAAUAAGAAUUUGAAAAUAAUUAAAAAUCCAAUGAAACCUAUAUAUAAAAUUUAAAUCAAGUAAAUAAUAUUGGAUUAAAUUAGAAUUAGUUUGAUUUUUAAUAAGAGAAUAAUAUGAUAAUAAAAAAAGAAAAUAAUAAUAACCUAAAAGAUAAGGAUAUUAAAUAAGAAAAUUAACAAAUUUAAACAAUUGAUGUAAUUGAAAAAUAAAUAAAAGGGAAUAAAUAAUAAGAAGCUGAAAAUAAUGAAUAAAAUAAUAUAUAGAACUCUUCAAUAUUAGAUUCUAAUUCAAAUAAUAAAUAGUUUCAUGCAGUAAAAUAAUGUCAUAUAGAAACCAAUACAAAUAUAUAGCUUUAAAACUAAAUAUCAUAACAAUAAGACAUAAAUAAUGAAUAACAAUUAGAAAAUUAAUAAUUUUUGAAUCAAAAUUUAUUAUCUUAAAAUGAAUAAUAGGACUAUUUGUCUGAAAAAACAUCAAAAUUUUAAAAUUCUCUACCAUAACAAAAUAAUGAUAUUUAAAAAAAUAUACUAUAAACUAGCUUUUUGAAUAAUUAGAACAAAUAAACAGUAGAUAAAUCUAUAAAAGAAUAAAAUCCAUUUUUAACAUAAAGUUCUAAUAUCAGUUCUGAUCAAAUCAGUCUUUAUUUUCAAGCUUUUUCCACUUCCAAUCAAAAUAAAUAAUGCUAACCCUAAAAUUAAAAUUAACCUAUAAUAGAUUUAUUUAAAAUAUCAACAUAAUAACCUUAACAAAUAAUUAAUAAUAAACCUUAAGAUAAAUAAAAUACUUAAAAUUUAUUAUAAAAUUCUAUUAAUUUUGGGAAUGCAAAAAUACUCUAAUACUCAACUAAUAAAUAAAUGGAAAUCAUUGAAUAAGCACCAACUUAGAUUAAUUAGAUUAUUUAAGGUAAGUAAUAAGAUUUUGAGAUAGCAUAACUAAAUUAUUAAUAGUAGCCAAAUUAAUAGAAUAAUCUAUUUUAAUAGUAAUAGAAUUACCCAUAAUAAUUGAUAUAAUAGUAAAGCUUUUAAUUCUAAAAUCUUUUUUCUUAAUAGUAAUAAACAUCGAAUUAAAUUUCAAGUUUGAACUUAUUCUAAACUAAUACUUAUUAAUAAUAACAAAAUGAUAUAAACAAUAAACCUUUAUUCCUAAAGAAUGAUGUCUUAUCUCUUUUUUAGGAUACUAAAAAAUCUGAUAGAGGUUAUUAUUUUAUUUAUACAUUUUAGAUAUAUUUUAGACUCCAUAAUAUCAGCAAACAAGUUAAAGUUUGAAUAAUAGUUUUAAUAAAGUUAAAAAGAAGUAGAGAAUUAAUAAUUGUUGA